GCUGCCGGGUACCGGCCAGGGUCCACAAGGAUGUGGGUGUUUGGCUAUGGGUCCCUCAUCUGGAAGGUGGACUUCCCCUACCAGGACAAGCUGGUUGGUUAUAUCACAAACUAUAGCCGGCGCUUCUGGCAAGGCAGCACUGACCACCGUGGGGUUCCCGGCAAGCCUGGAAGAGUUGUGACCCUUGUUGAAGAUCCUGGGGGCAGUGUUUGGGGUGUUGCUUACAAACUACCAGUAGGAAAAGAAGAGGAAGUAAAAACAUACCUUGACUUCAGAGAGAAAGGAGGCUACAGAACUACAACAGUCAUUUUUUAUCCAAAAGAUACCACAAAAAAACCAUUUAGUGUUUUGCUCUACAUUGGAACAUGUGACAAUCCUAACUAUCUUGGUCCUGCACCUCUGGAAGACAUAGCUGAACAAAUUUUUAAUGCAGCUGGUCCAAGUGGAAGAAACACAGAAUAUCUUUUUGAACUUGCAGAUUCUAUUAGGAAACUUGUGCCAGAAGAUGCAGACGAACAUCUCUUCUCUUUGGAAAAAUUAGUAAAGGAACGUUUAGAAGGAAAAUAGAACCUUAGUAGCACACAGUCACCAUCUCCUCCAAACAAGUGAAGGGACAUUCUUACUUGAAGAUCUUAGUAUUUAAUGUUGUAAUUGGAAUAUCAUCUAAAUUUACUGUUUAUUACAAGUGUCUUAAAACAUAUUCAGAAGAUUUGCAUACAGAGAAAGAAAAUUGAAGCUAUACAAGUGAUUUCCUAACUAAAUGACAUAUGAACAUUUGUUCAUUAGAAAUACAGGUUUCAAUUCACUUCCUGUUUUUAUUGGAGGAACCAUGUUUUUUUAUAGUAUAUAUGCUUAAAAUAAUGUUAUUAGAAAUAUAUGGUAAUAGACACCUGAUUGUUAAUUUCCUUGUAAUUUUAGAUUAAAUGAAAGUCAAAUUUAGGCCAAAAGAAAUUGGGUUUGUUAAUAUAAUAUUUUCCUUGGAUUAUAAUGUGCUAUCUUCUCCUUUGGGGGAAAAAGGCAUUUUAUUAGAAAGAAAAACUCUAGUAUAAAUCACAUCCACUAAUGAUAAUGUCAUUUACUUUGUAUUUAUCUCAUAAUGAAACUGGAAAAAAAGGUUUUCUGGUAAUUACCAGUUGGUGGAAGCAUAAUGAAAAUGGUGUUUGAUUUUACAAUUGUAAUUUCUCAAAGAAGUGUCAUUUCCUGAUUAUAUUAUGUAUGCUUUUUCUUUCUUACAUUUUGUCACGUAAAUAACUAUGUGGCUACUUAAUAAGGAAGCUAAUUCUUAAAUUAUUGACUUAUAAAAUUGAUUUAAGACAA